AUGAGUCGGCAACUGAACAUCAAGUCUGGUGGUGACAAGGGUGGCUUCAGUGGGCACUCGGCAGUGGUGCUGAGGAAGGCUGUGGGGAGUGCAGCUUCUUACCGUGCAGCUGGCAAAGGACCUGGGGCCGGCUUUGGCAGUUGGAGCCUCUAUAGUCUGGGAGGGAAUCGGGGUAUUUCCUUCAACAUGGCUGGUGGCGGUGUCUGGACUGGAGGUUACAGCUUCCGGCCUGGCUCUGGGUACAGAGGGGGCCGGGCCACUGGCUUUGCUGGCAGCGUCUUUGGCAGCGUGGCCUUGGGGCCCGUGUGUCCGUCCGUGUGCCCACCUGGGGGCAUCCACCAGAUCACUGUCAACAAGAGCCUCCUGGCCCCCCUCAAUGUGGAGCUGGACACCGAGAUCCAGAGAGUGCGCACCCAGGAGAGGGAGCAGAUCAAGGCUCUGAAUAACAAGUUCGCCUCCUUCAUUGACAAGGUGCGCUUCCUGGAGCAGCAGAACCAGGUGCUGGAGACCAAGUGGGAGCUGCUGCAGCAGCUGGACCUGAACAACUGCAGGAACAACCUGGAGCCCGUCCUCGAGGGCCACAUCAGCAACCUGCGGAAGCAGCUGGAGACGCUGUCCGGGGACAGGGUGAGGCUGGACUCGGAGCUGAGGAGCGUGCGGGACGUGGUGGAGGACUACAAGAAGAGGUAUGAGGUGGAGAUUAAUCGGCGCUCAGCAGCUGAGAACGAGUUUGUGGUGCUCAAGAAGGACACAGAUGCAGCCUACAUGGUCAAGGUGGAGCUCCAGGCCAAAGUGGACUCUCUGGACAAAGACAUCAAGUUCCUCAAGUGCUUGUAUGAUGCGGAGAUGGCUCAGAUUCAGACUCACGCCAGCGAGACCUCCGUCAUCCUGUCCAUGGACAACAGCCGGGACCUGGACCUGGGCAGCAUCAUCGCCGAGGUGCACGCCCAGUACGAGGAGAUCACGCUAAAGAGCAAGGCUGAGGCCGAGGCCCUGUACCAGACCAAGAUCCAGGAGCUGCAGCUGGCAGCCGGCCAGCACGGUGACGACCUCAAACACACCAAGAACGAGAUGUCAGAGCUGAACCGGCUCGUCCAGAGGCUCCGGUGUGAGACUGUGAACGUGAAGACGCAGUGUGCCAACCUGGAGACGGCCAUCGCCGAUGCCGAGCAGCGGGGGGACAAUGCCCUGAAGGACACCCAGACCAAGCUGGAUGAGCUGGAGGCCGCCCUGCACCAGGCCAAGGAGGAGCUGGCCCGGAUGCUGCGCGAGUACCAGGAGCUCAUGAGCCUGAAGCUGGCCCUGGACGUGGAGAUCGCCACCUACCGCAAGCUGCUGGAGGGCGAGGAGUGCCGGAUGUCUGGUGAGAAUGCAACCUCUGUGAGCAUCUCCGUCAUCAGCAGCAGCGCAAGCAGCUACGGCUGCCACCCCGGCUCCUCCGCGAGCGCCGACCUCGGGGCCAGCAGCGCGGCGGGCAGCUCCGGCAGCGCCCGAAGCAGACAGACCAGGGCCAAAGGGGCCCGAGUGCGGGACCCUAAGGGCUCCCAAGGCAAGAGCGCCCCAGCUAGCACCCCAGCCAGGAAAGCCACCCGGUAA